AUGUCGACGACCUCUGCUUACCGUUCCCUGACGAGGGAGCUCAGGAAGGCCUCGAUUGCUCCAUCAGGGAAAAGGAACCCGGUCAUCGCCUCGCAUUUUCGCGCGCUUUUCGAACAAAAACCAGCGAACGACAAUGCCUUCCGCCAAGAUAUUGAGAACGCUGUGACGUUUGAACUUCUGGAUCGGUACAAUCCCCUUGUUGAUCUUACAGCGGAAGAGAGAAUAGAGGCCACGGCGCGCCGCGUUGGGCUGAAUAUGCCCGUCGCUCCUCCCAAAGGAACGGAAGAACGAUAG